AUGUUUUUUUCCUUUCUAUUUGCCUUAAGAUACGAUGCUGAUUUUUCUCCAGGUGAAUAUACUAUUCAACUAGAUGAUCAGGGCUUCACUGAUACUAAUUUUUCAUUUUUAGCAGUUGAUAAUCAAAACAUCGAAAUUACAAGUAUCUACACAAACUAUUCACUAUCCGAAGAUACGACAUUUGAAAUACCCAAGCAAAUUGAAUUUAAUGAUAUUAACGUUCCUGUUACAAAAAUUAGAAAAUUUUCAUUAUCACUUUGUGGAAUUGCCAACAUUAUUCUUCCAGAAACAAUAACAACAGCAGAAGAAGCAUGGCUUGCUUCACGUUUUAUUCGAAUGAUUGAUGCAUCUAAAAUAAAUGUAACUAAUCCACCAAAAUAUUUCUUUGCAAAUAUAAUGAACGCAACCGAAAUUAAGAUACCUACUAAUAUAAUUGAAUUAAAAGUUGGUGCUUUUGCUUUUGACUAUAAUUUAACAACAAUUAACAUAAAUUAUGGCAUAAUUAUGAACAAAACAUCAAGUGGAUUCUACAAUUGUUCAAGUCUAGUUUCGAUCGACCUUUCAAAAGUGUUAAUGAAUAAAAUUCCUGAUCAAUUGUUUAAAAACUGCGCUAAUCUUCAAUCAGUAAUAUUUCCAAACUAUACAUCAUUUGGUGCUUAUGUUUUUUCUAAUUCUUUUAUUUCAGAUUUUCCACUUUACGAUAACGUUGAAUAUGCUGAAGGCUGUUUUGGAGAAAUGCUCUCUACGCAUCCUAUAUCUGCUCCUGAUGGUAUAUUCUUCAAUAAUUCCAUUCCGCAAGCCGCAUUUGAUUCAUGUCUUUUCAUGGAAUCGGCUGUUCUUAGAGAAGGCCUCAUAAGAAUACCAAGAUUCUUAUUUUGGAAUUGUACAUCACUUAUUUCUAUUGUUUUUCCCUCGACAAUUUAUAAUGUUGCUGAAAAAGCAUUUUAUUUUGUUCCAAUGCCUGUUUUAAACUUUUAUCACACCAAUUUAACAAAUCUAGAUGGAUAUGCAUUCUCUGGUUUCCAUGGAGAAGAAGUUAUUCUUCCAGAUAAAAAUUUUAAUUUUCCAAAUGGUCUGUUUUCUAUGUCAACGAUAACUAGAUUCAAUUUCAGUGCAAGGCUUAAUAACGUUGGUGACUAUUUCUUUAACUCUACUAACUUAACAAUUGCAAAUAUUUCUUGUUUAACUUACUCCUCCAUAGGAUCGUAUUGUUUCCAUAGAUGUCUGUAUCUAGAAGAAGUAUAUCUCCCAGAUAUCGAUUUGUUCUGCGGAAAUUCAGCUUUCGCUUAUUCUCCAAACCUGAAAUAUCUGAAAUUUACAAAAAGAGCAUCGUUUAGUUACAAUUGCAUGGAUCAUUGCACAUCAUUAGAGUAUGUAAUGUGGGGUAGUUGUAGUUCUAUUAACAAUGCAGUUUGUUAUUGCAAUUAUAAUAUGAGAUAUUUCGGACCAACAGUUGAAGAUGUUACGAAAGUUACUCCUCAGGUUGACCUCCAUAAUUUCACAACAUACGAGUUCGGAGCUUUGUCUUUUUCCAACUUAUAUUUAAUAGAAUAUGUUUAUAUAGGUCCUGGAUUCAGUUACAUUGGUGAUGCUUCAUUUAGAAAUGAUACAAGUUUAAUUACAGUAGAUAUGGUCGAUUGUAUUACAAGUACAGUUUCAUAUGAAUCAUUUAUGAACUGUACACAGCUUACUAAUGUAUAUUUACCAAAAGAUUUAAGAUAUAUAAGACAAGGAGCUUUCGUUGGAACCCCAGAACUUAAUAUUUUCUACUGUGGAACUACUUCAAUUACAAAUACAGAUGGAUUUAGUCCAGGAGUUAUCAUCCAUUACUACGGACUAAAUAAGCAUGUAUUAUUCAAUGGUAUGGAGCCAAUGUAUCCAGGAAAAUGCUGGAGAGCGUGGGAUAGUCCUCCAUAUCCACCUUUUCCAACAAAAACACCAGAUGUUCCGUAUUUCAUCCCGAAGUACACGAAUGCUUUGAUCACUCCCGAGCCAGAAAAAGUACUUCCUGCCCAAACUUACGUUGAAGAUCAGAAACCGAAUGAAUAUGGACCAGAGUUCUUUAAAGGAAGGAAAUCUGCACUUUUUGCAACUGCUUUAUCUAUUUCUAUUGUUUUUAUUGUUUUGAUUGUCAUUAUUUUAUUUUUCAUUUUUUUUGGCCUAUGGAGUCGAUUCAGGAGAGUCGACUAUUACACAGGAGAUUCGAUGUAG